AUGUCAGAAUCAGCAUCAAAGCAGGCAUCUCAACGAGCAGACGGGAGCUUGAGGAAGGAAGUGAGGGUGAGGAAAGGGUACGUCCCUCCAGCUGAGGACAUUCAAGAGGAACUCUUGCGCAAGAAGCCAAGGACCGAAGAGCAGGACGAGGUCGAUACCAACGAGACGAAAGCAGAGGACGUGACCACCACCAGCAGCAGCAGCAUUACUUGUUGGGAUGAAUAUUUGCAUGCCUUCGGGUCCUCUGAGAUUCGCAAGUGUCGUGAAUGUACAGUCCAUGCUUGCUCUGUUGGUUCCAAUGCUGUCAAUGAGGACAGCUACGCCAUCGGGGAAGAGAACGUCUUCGCUGUGUUUGAUGGCCAUGGUGGCCCUGAAUGUAGCCGCUGGAUGGCAAGACACGUCAUCUCAGAGUUUGACAAGAUUUGUCCUCGGAACGGCACCAAGAAGCCGAAAGAGAAGGAGACUGAGAAGCAGGAGAUGAAGAAGAACCUCAAGACUCUCUUCGCGCGGCUGGACGAUACCUACAUGUCAAACUAUGGCGCUCAAAACCCCUUCUGUGGGUCCUGCGGUCUGCUAUGCCACGUGAGUGGAGGGAGUAUAUGGUCAGCGAAUGUGGGAGACAGCCGUGCUGUGGUUGUUCGCCGUGCUGAGAAUGGAGUCCUGAAGGCGAUUCGUAUCACAUCUGAUCAGAACACAAGUUGUGCUCGGGAGUGUGAGAAAGUUUGUAAACGAUCAGGCGACUUUUAUGCGAUCAGGCUGCACAAAGACGACGAGCUGGCUCAGAAAGCAGACCCUACACUUGACUGCAAGAAGAGAGUCGCGGGAACCCUCAUGGUCACGCGAGCUCUUGGCGAUGGUUUCUUGAAGGACCCAAAACUUUGCCCUGACAGCAUGAAAGACAACAUGCCCUAUAUAACAAGCAAACCCCAGGUGAGGGAAACCGUUAGAGGAAGCAGCGACUCGUUCCUCAUUAUCGCCUCCGAUGGAGUCUGGGACAUUCUCGAUGACAACGAUGUCGCCCUCGAAGUCAUGAACGCGUACAAGAGCAGCGGGGACUCAAAGAAAGAUCAUUCCCAGCCUGUGGAGACCAAUCUCGCUGUUGCCGUGGCGAAGGCGGUGAUUCAGGAGAUGAUGACUCGGAGAUAUGUGAUGCUGGCAGAGCUCAGUCAAAUGAAAGCAACUGAGCGGAGGCAUUAUAUCGAUGACGUCACGGUGCUCGUAGUCGACUUGAAAUCUUGA